AUGACGGGCGACAAUGUCGAACCCGAGAGGACGCCUCUCUUAUCCUCGUCCUCCAACGCUCCCACAACCACCGACACUUUAGAGCGUGGCACAGAAGAGCCAGGGAAUUCCUUGCCCAUCUCCCCAAGCCCAGACCAAGAACCCGGCCUCUCUUCUCUACGCGGCUUCCUCAUCUGCAUCUCGGUCUGGCUCCUCAUCUUCAUCCUGACCAACAAUGUCUCGCUCAUCACCACCAUCCAAUCGCCCAUCGCCACGGAUCUCCGUGUCUCCAGCGAAGUCAGUUGGUUCACGUCGGCCUACCUGAUCGCCAUCACGAGCAUCACCCCGGUCGCGGGCCGACUGUGCACCAUCUUCACCCCUCGGGUCUAUCUGCUUGCCUCGAUCAUCGUCCAAUCCUGUGGCCUGUUCGUCACCUCGCGGGCGAAGUCGCUGGGCGUGUUUCUCGCGGGUCGGGCUGUAACAGGCAUUGGAAGCGCAUCAGUGACACCUGUGGCUUUCAUCCUGGUCACGGAGCUGACGAGCCCGCGACGGAGAGGCCUCUUCUUUGGGUGCAUCAACACGGGCUACACGACGGGCGUGGCCUGUGGGGCCAUCAUUGCCGGCGCCCUGGAACCGCUGGUCGGCUGGCGCGCCGUCUUUUGGCUCCAGAUCCCCUUCGCCCUGUGCGCCGUGACGGUGGCAUUCUUCGCCAUCCCGAAACCCAAACCCAAACCCAACGCCAAUACAGACGACUCCCUGGCCAAGAAACUCUCGCAAAUCGACUACUUGGGCGUGCUCACCAUCAUUGCCGCCGUCGUGCUGCUCCUCUACAGCCUGUCGUCUCCGCAAAUCAAAAUCACCCCGAUCGUCCUCUCGCUUGCGUCCUUCAUUCUCUUUCUGUUCGUCGAGGCCACAUGGGCAAGCCAGCCCAUCGUGCCCGUCUCGGUGCUGAGAUCCCGGGGUAAUAUCCUGACGGGCAUCGCGACCAUCGGCAUCAUGUCGGCGCGCUGGGGUGUCCUGUUCUACACGCCGACCUACGUCCUCACGCUACGGGGCUGGCCACAGACCAGGGCCGGACUGACACUCAUCCCGACGAACCUGGGCUUCGGCUUGGGGGGUUUGUUGGCCGGGUGGCUGCACAUCCGACGCACGGGGUCCUUCUAUUUCGCGACCAUCGUCACGUUUGUGCUUUUCUCGCUGUCCAUGUUUACCGUGUCGUGGAUCUCGACCCCAACGUCCAACAUCUACCUGUACAUGGCCGUGCUAUUCGUCAACGGUUUCAUCGUCGGGUCUCUCCUAAACUACUCGCUCGCCCACGUCCUGCACCUCACGCUACCCGCCACACACAUCAUCGUGAUUCCCCUGAACGCCAUGUUCCGCAGUCUUUCCGGGUCGUUCGGCUCGUCCGUGACGGGCGGUCUGUUCCUCCGCAGCCUCAAGCAGGCGCUGACGCAGGGCUUCGAGAAGCGCGGGGUCACGGAGGGCAAGGCGGCGCUGAUCAGGCAGUUGGUCGGCACCCCGAUCCUGGUCCAGAGGUUGACUGGCGUGGACAGGGAGGUGGCUUUGGAGGGCUACGAGCAGGCACUCAGGACCAUAUACAUGGCUGGCGGCGCCUUGGCUAUUGGCAUGUUGCUGGUCCAGGCGGGCACCGGGUGGACUGCCCCGGAAGUCGUCAAGGACGAGGAGGGUGCUCGCAGCAACGACGAGGGCAGAGAGGGCCACCACGACCGCCUGUCGCCUGUUGUUUCGAGGGAGCCCGUAGCCACUUAA